UUCUGUUUUUGUGAAGUUUCAGUGACAAUGGAUCCUGGGAACAGAGGAAGAAUUCACUCCGUGAGACUUAUCUGCUCUUUGUUAAUCAUGGGAGUGUUUUGUGUGACUCCUUUCUUCUGCCACAGCCAAAAUGAUCCACUGGCCCUUGGCCGAGCUGAUCCCCAGUGCUGGGAGUUCUCCACAGCUGCCUUGCUGGAGAUGAGGAAGCCACGUAUUUCUGACUCAGUCAGUGGCUUUUGGGACUUUAUGAUCUUCCUGAAGUCAUCAGAGAACUUGAAGCAUGGGGCUUUGUUCUGGGACCUGGCUCAGCUCUUCUGGGAUAUCUAUGUAGACUGUGUGCUCUCCAGAACCCAUGGCCUAGGGAGGAGGCAACUGGCGGAGGCUGAACAGAAAAUCACAGCUCUGCAUUCUCAGCUCACAGAGCAAAAGCAAGGGACAUUUUCUCACAAUCAGAGGACACGAGUGCUGAACAAGAAAGAGCUGAUUGAAGACUUAAGCAUCCAUGUGCACAAGAGUGGAUCUGCAUUACUCCGAAGAGUUAUUGGAGGGCUAGGGAUAAAGAGGAAACAAUGAGUCUAGUCUGAGGUUUAUCUGUACAGUGGAUAUUUUUUAAACUAUUUCCUUUUGGUUUUUGUUUUUAAUCUUCAUUGGAAAGCUGCUCUCGGUGGAGGGGGAGUGCCUGUAGCUAUCAACAUUGUACCUUUGGGUUAGCUUUGACUUUUUGGACUGUUGUGGCUCUUCUUUUUUUUAAAUGAUGCCCAUGAAUUCAGUCUCUUUAACAAACGGCAUGAUUUAUAAGCAGUUGGCCACCUUAUUGUGUACAUGAGCUACUGAAAUUGUGUCUGGGGGGCUGCUGGAGAAUAAGGCCCAGUCAUGCAACUGGAUGUGUACAGGCAGAGCAGGGGACCAACACGGAGCUCUAGUGAAGUCCACAGUUUUGCCUGUAUGGAUUCAGUUACAGGA